AUGUCACUUUAUUUGCCUGCAAGCCCCGCUUGCUCCGCCCACCUCGCCCAACUGCGCACAUCACUGUUGGCCCCGCCCGUCAUCCCUAAGUCCCACCUCCUAGCACGUCGGUUUAGUCUACUCUCCGGAGGAGUCUCGGCCCAUCGGUGACCACAGCACUAGGCCCACCCCCUUCCUGGGGCCGCGAGCGCCGAACUCCUCGAACGCAGCCAAUGGGUGAUGCGGCGGCAGCACCGCGGGAGGUUCGAUUCACUGGGCCUGGCGCGUCCGGAGAGUCCCGGCGGCUGUUAACGCGCGCUUUGCGAAGAGGAAGGUUAAGCCGGGCUCCCUGGGCCCGGAUUUACUUCUGCGGAUCUUUCCAGCUUUUCCUGGGAUUCCCCUCCCAAGCCUGGGUGUUUUACCUGUUCUGCCUGGACCCCUGCUCGACCUCCCCUAGUCCUGGCCUGGCUUCCGCGCUCCAGACCUGGGAAAAACCCCUCCGCAGUCGAGCGCCUAGCCCUCCCUGGGCCUCAGCUUUUCACCCCAGCCCCUUUCCCCUGGCCUGUGAUUACUUUUCCCCCUCAACUACUGCCUGCCAUCACGUCCACUUGGACCAUUAUCCCAGCUCUGCCGAAUCCGGCACUCCAUCUGCCUCCUCCCUCUAUCCCAGACUUUUACUCACCUUUCCUUGGAUACUUCCUCUUUGGCCUGCUCUCCCGCCUUGGCUAACUGGCGACCGACACUCUCACAGUUUGGGCUCAAACUCCAGCCCCUGGCUGGAUUCCCUUCAUCCACACGCCCUCUUUAAUUAGCUCAUGCUUUCAGUAAUACAGCAGCCCGCUUUAAUCCGCCCUGCUUCUGCAUUCCCAGCUGUUGGGUGCCUUUGAUCUUUGGCUGAUGGGUACUUGACAUUUUAUGAUCCUGAGCCCAGGAUGAGGAAGAGCUUAGCUCCUAGCCAGCUGGCCAAGAGAAAACCGGAAGGCAGACCUGGUGAUGAGGAAGAUUGGCAGCCUAGGACAGUGACUCCCAAGAAACAGAAAUCCAACAGUGGGACCCAGAGCAAAGAGUGUUUCCUGUCGCCUUUUCGGAAACCUUUGACUCAACUAACGAAUCGACCACCCAGUCUGGACAGUAGUCAACAUGAAGCCUUUAUUCGAAGCAUUUUGUCAAAGCCUUUUAAAAUUCCCAUUCCAAAUUAUCAAGGUCCUCUGGGCUCUCGUGCAUUGGGCCUCAAAAGGGCUGGGGUCCGCCGGGCCCUCCAUGACCCCUUGGAAGAAGGUGCCUUGGUUCUGUAUGAGCCUCCCCCUCUGAGUGCCCACGACCAGCUGAAGCUUGACAAGGAAAAACUCCCUGUCCAUGUGGUUGUUGAUCCCAUUCUCAGUAAGGUCUUACGGCCCCAUCAGAGAGAGGGAGUAAAGUUCCUGUGGGAGUGUGUCACCAGUCGGCGCAUCCCUGGCAGCCACGGCUGUAUCAUGGCUGAUGAGAUGGGUCUGGGCAAGACGCUGCAGUGCAUCACGUUGAUGUGGACGCUUUUGCGCCAGAGUCCAGAGUGCAAACCGGAAAUUGACAAGGCAGUGGUGGUGUCACCCUCCAGCCUAGUGAAGAACUGGUACAAUGAAGUUGGGAAAUGGCUUGCAGGGAGGAUCCAACCUCUGGCCAUUGAUGGAGGCUCUAAGGACGAGAUAGACCAAAAACUGGAAGGAUUCAUGAACCAGCGUGGAGCCCGAGUGCCUUCUCCCAUCCUUAUCAUUUCCUAUGAGACAUUCCGCCUUCACGUUGGAAUCCUCCAGAAAGGGAGUGUUGGACUGGUCAUCUGUGAUGAGGGACACAGACUUAAGAACUCUGAGAAUCAGACUUACCAGGCCCUGGACAGCUUGAACACCAGCCGGCGGGUGCUUAUCUCUGGGACCCCCAUCCAGAAUGAUCUCCUUGAGUAUUUCAGCUUGGUACAUUUUGUUAAUUCGGGCAUUCUAGGAACUGCCCAUGAGUUCAAGAAGCAUUUUGAGUUGCCAAUUUUGAAGAGUCGAGAUGCAGCUGCCAGUGAGGCCGACAGGCAGCUAGGAGAAGAGCGGCUACGGGAGCUCACCAGCAUUGUGAAUAGGUGCCUGAUACGGAGGACCUCUGAUAUCCUUUCUAAAUAUCUGCCUGUGAAAAUUGAGCAGGUGGUUUGUUGUAGGCUGACAUCCCUUCAGACUGAGUUAUACAAGAAGUUUCUGAGACAGGCCAAGCCAGCAGAAGAGUUGCGUGAGGGCAAGAUGAGUGUGUCUUCCCUUUCUUCCAUCACCUUGCUAAAGAAGCUUUGUAAUCAUCCAGCUCUAAUCUAUGACAAGUGUGUGGAAGAGGAGGGUGGCUUUGAAGGUGCCUUGGAAAUAUUCCCCCCUGGUUAUAGCUCCAAGGCUCUAGAGCCCCAGCUAUCAGGUAAGAUGCUGGUCCUUGAUUACAUUCUGGCAGUGACCCGAAGCCGCAGCAGUGACAAAGUAGUGCUGGUGUCCAAUUACACUCAGACAUUGGACCUCUUUGAGAAGCUCUGCCGGGCUCGAAGGUACUUGUAUGUCCGCUUGGAUGGCACAAUGUCCAUUAAGAAGCGAGCCAAGAUUGUAGAGCGCUUCAACAAUCCAUUGAGCCCUGACUUUGUCUUCAUGCUGAGCAGCAAAGCUGGGGGUUGUGGCCUCAAUCUCAUUGGAGCAAACCGACUGGUCAUGUUUGACCCUGACUGGAACCCGGCUAAUGAUGAACAAGCCAUGGCCCGGGUCUGGCGUGAUGGUCAAAAGAAGACCUGCUACAUCUAUCGCCUGCUGUCUGCAGGAACCAUUGAGGAGAAGAUCUUUCAGCGCCAGAGCCACAAGAAGGCACUGAGCAGCUGUGUGGUGGAUGAGGAACAGGAUGUGGAGCGGCACUUCUCUCUCGGCGAGUUGAAGGAGCUGUUUACCCUGGAUGAGGCUAGCCUCAGUGACACACAUGACAGGUUGCGCUGCUGCCGCUGUGUCAACAAUCACCAGGUCCGGCCACCCCCUGAUGGUUCUGACUGCACCUCAGACCUGGCUCAGUGGAACCAUAACACUGAUAAACGGGGGCUUAAGGAUGAGGUACUCCAGGCCGCCUGGGAUGCUGCCUCCACAGCCAUCACAUUCGUCUUCCACCAGCAGUCUCAUGAGGAGCAGCGGGGUCUCCACUGAUAACCAGCUGGUCUGGGUGUAGCUGUUAGAGGAAGGAGACAGGGAAAGGGGGCUCCUUGCCCCAUAGGACCCUACUGAAUUUUGUUCUCUGGGACAAAAAUCAUCAAGGAGGGCUGCAUGAUGUUUGCCCAAAGUUUAUUUUAUAAGAAAAACUUUUUUGGUUAAAAAAAAGAAAGGAAUAAAGGUAUGAAAGGGA